CCGCGGCGGGCGGGAGGAAGGCGCUCGGCGGCCCGGAGAGCCUGCCCGGCUCCCUCCCUCCUUCCCGCCCUCCCCCGGCCGGGGGCCACACCAGCCCUUCCCGGCCGCCAACACGAGCAGGGGCGGCUCGCCCGGCCUGCUCGGCAGGCCCCAGACAAAGGAAGGAAGGAAGCGGGGACGAACCGGGGCGAGGAGGCGACGGCAGCCCGGCUCCCCCCGGCGAGCGCGGCCGCCGCAUCCGUGUGCGCUCAGCCGGGGCCAACUCCGGCGGCGGGCGAAGUGACCCGGAGGGCACCGAGCGAGGCCGGCGAGCCAGAGGGAAGAGGAGGGAGAAGCGGCGGCGGGAGGAGGAGAGAGGAGCGGGGCCGGUGGCUCACCAGGAUCCGCUUGAAGAGGUGAUGGAAAAAUAAGAAACAAAAUGAAACCUUUCCAAAAGGUCCGCCUUUUCAAGAGCCUGCUUGCCAGUUGCUGCUGUCACAGCCAACUUGACAGCUGUCUUCUCCCUCCUGUUGCAAAGAAGAUAGGCUGCAUGGUGGGACUGCACAGCCAUGGAUUUUGGAGGCCAAAGCCUUUAUUGGACACAGCUAGAUUCACUCUGUCUUUCAACAGUUGGCACAGGAAAAACCAUCAGGAUUCUCAAGCUUUGUGGAAGCACGAGGCUGUGCAGAAGUAUCUGGAGUCUCUCAGCAAGGAAUACCAGCAGGUUAGUCAUCAGUUAAGCACACACUCAUUAAGUGACUUUGAGCAAAGAACCUUGAGGAGAAGAUGUGCCGAUCUGUCCCCCAUUGCAGCUGCGUUUCAAGAAAUCAAAGAGGCUGAAAGAGAAGUUCAGGAGUUAGAAGCGAUGUGCACAGAACUAGGCAGCAGAGAUGAGAAACAACUUCUAGAGCUUGCCUUAGAAGAGAAGGAAGGCCUGGAUAAAAAAAUGAACAUGUUGUGCAGAAAGCUUUUCCAGCUUCUAGUGCCAAAGGAAAAAUAUGAUACAAGUCCUGUCAUAUUAGAAGUGACAGCUGGCAGAACAACUGGAGGUCAGCAAAGCCCCUACAGUGAAGAUUACUUCCAACCUCCACCCAACUCCAUUAAACUUCUUAAGGGGGACAUCUGCCAGCAGUUCACUAAAGAAAUGUUUGACAUGUACCAGAGCUACGCCGACUACAAACGUUGGACCUUUGACGUCGUGAACUAUACCCCGGCUGAGAUAGGAGGCUUGCAUCAUGCUGCUGCUCAUAUUUCAGGAGAGAAUGUCUACAGGCAUCUGAAAUAUGAAGGAGGGACUCACCGAGUGCAGCGAAUCCCUGAGACGGGCAUGUCAUCGAGAAUGCAGCGUAUUCACACUGGGACAAUGUCAGUCAUUGUCCUCCCUCAGCCAGAGGAGGUUGAUGUUAAAGUGGAUCCCAAAGAUCUGCGUAUAGAUACGUUCAGAGCCAAAGGAGCAGGAGGGCAACAUGUUAACAAAACUGAUAGUGCUGUGAGGAUUGUACACCUUCCUACAGGACUGGCAGUGGAGUGCCAGCAGGAGCGCUCGCAGCAGCUGAACAAGGAGAUCGCGCUGCGGACACUGAGAGCCAAGCUCUACCAGCAGGUCCUUGAGAAGCAGCUCAGUCAGGAGCAGAGUGCCAGGAAGCUGCAGUUGGGAACAAGAGCCCAGUCAGAGAGAAUUCGUACUUACAACUUCACUCAGGACAGAGUGACUGACCACAGGAUCUCAUAUGAUGCACGCAAUAUCAAGGAAAUUCUAAGUGGGAAAGAAGCACUGGAUAAGCUAAUCAACAGACUACUGGAGUUUGCAGAGAUAGAGGCUGUCACCCAAUAUCUAGAAAAUUUGCAGGCUUUAGAAGGAGGAGGCUGAAGACCUCAAGUAGAAUUAAAACAGAAUUGUUGUGUUUGUUAGAUGAUAUGUUGAUUAAAACCUAUUUCUCUGUUUUUCA